AGCAGCAGCUGCCGUAGAAGAAGAUGGGCCGCUGACAAGAGAAGAAACCCUGUGGCUAUCUUGAGCUAGCAAAGUAACGUUACUUGAAGAUAUUAAGUUGCUAAACCUUUUAAUCGCGUAGCUGUGUUUUGUUCAGGGCAUCAUCCAAAAAUGAUCCUUACCGUGAAACCGCUUCAAGGAAAAGAAUGUAGUGUACAGGUGACUGAAGACGAAAAAGUCUCCACAGUGAAGGAACUUGUGUCAGAACGUCUCAACAUACCAGCAAACCAGCAGCGGUUGCUCUAUAAAGGGAAAGCGCUUGCAGAUGAACACAGACUGAGUGAUUACUCCAUUGGGCCAGAAGCUAAAUUGAAUCUGGUUAUCCGUCCAGUGGGAGAGAGGACUGGAGCAUCAGGGAUGGCUGCCAGCAGUAGUAGCAGCAGCACACAGGGGAGAGUUUGGCAGACUGUGUCCACUAUCCUUGCUAGACACUUUAGUCCUGCAGAUGCAGCAAAAGUCCAUGAACAGCUUAUUAAGGACUAUGAACGUUCACUUCGACAACUUAGUCUGGACGACAUUGAGCGCUUGGCAGGAAGGCUGCUUCACCCCGAUGGCGAGGGCAUGGACACAUCAUACAUGGACUAAGAAUGCAUAGCUCAAAGUUGUUUGUUUUGAUUGUCUUUUUAAGAGGUGCUCAGUGCUUGGAGGUGCAUACGGUGUUUGGAGUGUGAGGCAUGGAAAAUACAGUAUGAGAUUUUUUGCAGAGAGCCCCAGCUGUGUGCCUAAUCAUUGGCUGAGUGAACACAGAUAGCACUGACUGUCAGUUAUCUCAGCAAUAGGGCUUUCUUAUCCACGACCAAAGGACUUGGAUAGGAAAUCUUGGCAACUUUGAAUUGGUCAUUGAUGCUACAGUAAUAACACAAGACCUGAUCACAUAAUAUUUGAAUACAAAGGAAUCCAUUAUUGCUGUUGGUAUCACAUGAUUUCUGGCUGCUACAACUCCCAGGAGACACUAACUUGUGCUGGAGGGUAAUUGUUAGUAAUGUCUGUGUUUGAUGAUGACCGGGUGUUUUCUGUUGACCAUCCGUGAGAAGGUAAUACAUGUUUUAUCCGUAACUAACUGAUGUUUAUUGUAUGAUUUGUAAAUAUCAUGUUUAUAUAUACAGACAUUAAACCACAGAAAAAAUGACAAGU